UCCGUGUGCUUCUGUUGAACAUUAUUAUGUUUGUCUGUUGUUGGUGUUAAGGUGUUUUUUUUUGCAAUUAUUGGUGGUGAUUUCCUGUAGUUUUUAAUUUGCUUGUAUAAUGUCCGAGAAUGAUAAGGAGUUGACAGAGGCGACUGAGAGUCUGAAGACGCUUCACAUAGCCAAGCGACAGGAUUACUUGCAGUGGGAUGAUUACUUUAUGGCCACUGCAAUUCUCUCUGCCAAACGAAGCAAGGAUCCCGUCACUCAAGUUGGAGCAUGCAUUGUGGAUAAACACAAUCGCAUCGUAGCAAUUGGUUACAAUGGCUUUCCGCGCGACUGCAGCGACGAUAUAUUCCCCUGGACAAAGAAUGCUGACGACGCGCUGGAGAACAAGAAACUGUAUGUGGUGCAUGCCGAGGCGAAUGCAAUCCUCAAUAGCAACAGUACCAGUUUGGUUGGCACUCGACUCUAUACGACGCUCUUUCCGUGCAACGAGUGCACUAAGCUGAUCAUUCAAUCGGGUAUUCGCAGUAUAUUCUACAUAUCCGACAAGUAUGCUGAGAAAUCCGUUUAUCAAGCCUCUAAGCGAAUGCUCAAUUCUGUCGGCAUCAGCUAUCGACAGCAUGUCCCAGUUAAAAAACAGAUUGUUAUUGACUUUGAUGAUAUACUUAACGAGUAA